AUGGCACAGCCAGUAACAUCCUCUUCUAUCUCUUACAAAUUGGUUUGUCAUGUGUUCCUUAGUUUUCACGGUAAAGAUACUCGCUUAGGUUUCAUCAACAAUCUCUAUGAAUCUCAACAUCAAAAAGGAAUUCAUGCCUUUAUUGAUGAUGAAGGAAUCAAGACAGGGGAAGAAAUAUCACCUGCACUUUUCAAAGCCAUACAAGAAUCAAGAAUAGCCAUCAUGGUUUUUUCUGAAAACUACGCAAAGUCAACAUUUUGUUUGGAAGAACUAGUGAACAUUCUAGAGUGCUUCAAGGAAGAAGGUCGGUUGAUAUAUCCAAUAUUUUAUUAUGUGGAACCAUCGGAGCUUCGACAUCCAAGAGGAAGCUAUAAGGAGGCAUUGGCGAGAUUGGAGGAAUGA